CCCCUGGGGCGCGCAGAUUGGCAGCGGCACCAACUGUUCCAGAGGAUUCGCCGGGGGAGGAGCGCGGCCCUGGGGCGCUGGCACCGGCACUGGACGGUAAGAUGCCAGAUGAUGGAAGGCAGCAAAUGUGAUACCUUUAUUCAAGAAGGGCAGCAGGGAUAAGACAGCAAAAUGAAUAGAGAUUUAAAAUAUUGGAAAGAAGCGGCGACUGUGAUCCUGGCUGCAGGUACUCAAAAACAGCUUAUGAGUAAAGGCGCUACCAAUUCUCAGCCCAGUAAACCUACAAUUUCAACACCUACACGAGAGAGGAAUCCAUCUCCAUCAUGCCUAGAGAAGGCAAUAUGUGAUUUUGCCUUACUUUUAUUACAACGGAAUCAGGGACACGCAUUUCUCCCCAAUGCUUAUGUGUUCCCAGGAGGUCGAAUCAGCACAGCUGAUUUUUCCAAAGAAUGGAUCCAGUUGUUCCAUCCUUAUUGCCAAUCACCUAACUUUAAGUUGGAUACUGUCAAGCAAACUAUUCGGAGAUCUCCAAUCUUUGCAACGGAAAGGAGAAAAUUAGGAUCUCAAAUACCUGGAGAGGUAGCUUUCCGUAUUUGUGCCAUUAGGGAAACUUUUGAAGAAUCUGGGAUACUCCUUGUUAAGCCGAAUAACCCUGACAAAGACUUGAACAAGCAAGGGGUCAUACAGCUUGCACAUUUCGAUCAAAACAAACUUGCAAGUUGGAGGCCACUUGUGCAGGAAAAUGCAGCAAAUUUUAUAAGACUGUGCAAAGAGUUGGACUGUUUACCAAAUAUUUGGGCAUUGAAGGAGUGGAGUAAUUGGUUGACUCCCACGUAUCUGGGGGGAAAUAGGUUUGAUACUGUAUUUUUCAUUUGUUGUUUAGAAGAAAUCCCUUUAACAGAACCUGAUGAUCAUGAAAUAAUCUUUCACAGUUGGAUGCACCCUCUUGAGGGGAUCAAGGGUCACCAAUCUGGGAGAUUGCUUGUUCCCCCCCCACAAUGGUAUGAAAUAGGCAGACUUUGCCGAUUUAUCCACCUCCAAGAUUUGCAACAAUUUAGCCAAGAUCGUUCUGUAGACGGUUGUGAGCGAUGGUUUCCCAUCCGUCUACUUGCAUCUGAUGGUUUUGCCACCCUGUUACCUGGGGAUGAUCUUUAUCCAGAAGAUCCAGAUUUCACAGGGGAAAUGGAAUUAAACCUCACUACCUCCAAAUCUCUGAAACAAGCACGGCUAGAAGUUAGCAGACUGCACCGAAUAGAGUUCAGAAAACCUCACGAUUGUACUCUGUAUGUGAAUAUUGAACCCCAAUAUAAACAUGUCCACCCAUUAGAAAUAAACAAUCAUCCUCAUAGUCAUAGGUGAAUUGCCUGGUUAAUAUGCAAAAACAUGUGCCUGAAAUAAAUGUUAGCGAGUGUAAUGAUAAGCAUUUAUUUCUGAAUGAAUUUUCACACUGAACAUUAAACCUAGAAAAAAAAACAUGGCUGUAGUGUAACUUGCACAAAUUUUGUUUAGCUAGAAUAUUCUAGUCGUUCAUAAGAGUCAACCAUACAUAGGAAAUUCGGAGAAACAUAUUUCCUCUAAAUAUCUAAAAGAGAGACCGUGGUUCAACAUUGAUUUUUUUUUUAAGGGACAAGAAGGAUUUACAGGCAGCAAUGAGCCAGGACUGUUCGUGUCGGACAAGCCAAUUCUAACAUCUAUGGACAAAUAAGAAAAGGUUUUUAACAAUUGCAGUCAGGGCACUGGUGUACACUCUGCAAAAUAUUUUCUACUCUAUGCAAGAACUUUGGGUUCAGCUCAUCUGCAAUGCUGGAAUCUGAUUUUGGUUUAAUUAAAAGAGAAAAGAAAUGUAAGUCAUCUUGUUUGAUGCCAUUUGUUCUGAACAAAAUUUCUAAUAGAAUACAACAUCAUCCCAGCCAGGGUUUUGGCAAUUUACAAUGGAUUUCCAAUCUGUUUAAUUUCCUGGCAUUUGUGCCGUGGAAUGUGUCUGCUGAAUUUGUACUUAGUUUUUCAAUAUGUUCAUUUAUUUGAUUAGAGAGAAAGAGUUAUAAUAAUUUGCUUUAGUGUCACGAUUAAAAUUUUUUUUUUAAAGAUUUUGAGAAGUUGAAUAUCAAUGACAUUCAGAAGCAUUCAAAGAACAUUGUAACUUUUACCACCAACAAAGUCGAGUAAGCAUUAUUUUGCCAAUUAAAACAAUUGAAUGGUUAUAUAAG